CAGGCGCGACCCCUGUUGUCAAGGAUACCAUUGAUUGCAUAACAACCCCUCGGACACAUCGGACGGUCAAAUCGGGUAUGCCCAGCGCAGACACGGUGUGGACGCGCUUGCCCAUGGAAUUGGUCCUCAAGAUUGUGGAGGAGGGACUGAGGGACCACCAGCUUGCACGAGCCUUCUCGCACGUCUGCGUACGCCUGCGCAAGAUGGCGCUUCCUAUCCUAUAUACCAGCCUCUCGCCUGUGGAGGACACCCGAACUCUGAUGGGGUUCCCCGAGCACCUCAAGCCCAUUGUGCACAACCUAUGGGUGGAGUCCACGCCCCCACCCUCAACAUCCGCUCUCGUCGCCGCCAAGACUGCGUGGAUCUGGUCGCGCGUGCCCAACCUGGCCCUCUCGUCUGUGCUCGUCGAGGCUUGUCUCGACGUCAUCGACCAGGACCUCGAGCACGCCGACCCGCCGUUCUGCUGCAAGCGCCUCACCACGUUCGGGCAGAACCUCCUGCGCCACUGGGAGGGCGAGCCCAACCUCAGCCCCCUUUCGACCGUGACACACCUCCGGCUGGUCGAAGACGUCUGCAUGCCCGACUUGCUACUCAUGUCGCGGAUGCCUGCGCUCGAAUACAUUGCGGUCUCGCUGAAUAGGAGCAACGUAGUAGAGCAGAUGGCAUAUGUCAUGGCCCUCCUGACAUACCACGGCAAGGCGGUACGCAUGGUUGCGCUCGUGCUUGAGCCGCAGAACGACCGGACGUUCUGGAUGUCGCGGGUGCGCAUCGCAAUCAACAUUCACCAUAGCCUAUAUGUCGUCCCUGGUGCGCACAGUAAAGACGGGAUCAGGAAGGAGUGGGAGGAGUAUGUGAACGGGGGAGAAGACAUCUGGCAGAAAGCGUCGGGGUUGCGGCAGGCAGUCCUGGACGAAGACGAGGAGGAGGUCGUUCGUAUAUGUUAUACUGCUCAUUUUAUAGAGAAGACUGACAAAGUUAUCGAGGAGUCGUUGAUAGCAGCCGUCGAACAAGCGCCGGGUCGGUAUCCUAAAAUCACGCUCGAGCGCGAGCGUGCUUGCCGUCAGCCAUCGCCAGCUCAAACGCCGUCGACGUGUUUUCUAUCUCUCUCUCGGACUCCUACCAUCGACAAGCACACUUGCCGGACUUUCCCUCCACCCUCGUUUACACCGCUCGCGACCAUGGAGCAGCAAGCAAAGGCUCCGCAAGACCUGCGGAACGUCGUGAACUACCUGCGUAGCAGCAAGUCUGGGAUGAAGAUCCGGGUGGGCAUCCUGAACGGGAAGCGGGUGGACUACUUCAAGGGGAAAGCCGCCGUGAAGGCGCUGCUCUUGCCCGCGUACGCGAAACUCAAGAACGUACCGCCCGUCACCUCUGAAGAGGACGGCCAGCGCGUGCUAAGAUCCAUCCUCCCUUUCGCCUUCUACCUCCGCGUCGACCGCGGGAACCCCGCCUCUUCCUCCAGUUCGCCCAAAAUGCUGCAGAUCACGUCCCAGCAGGCGUUCGAGCCACCACACUACUACGUGUGGUUCUACGAGGGCUCGCAGUGGACGACAUACGUCGGCGGCAUAGCAAUGGUCGCCGUCAUGCUUGCUGGCGUGAUGUUCCCGCUCUGGCCGCCAACCAUGCGAAUCGGCGUGUCGUAUCUCAGUAUGGGCGUGCUGGGUAUCGCUGGCGGGUUCAUUGCACUGGCGAUCAUCCGACUGAUAUUCUACAUCAUCACCGUCAUCGUUGCAAGUCCAGGGAUCUGGAUCUUCCCCAAGCUAUUCGCGGAUGUCGGAUUUUUCGAGUCCUUCGUCCCGUUGUGGGAGUGGGACUACCCAAAAAAGAAGGGCAAGAAGCGCGUCGAGAAGGAAAAGGGGAAGGAGAAGCAGGCAGUGGAGGGUGCCUUCAUCGAGGAUGUCGCAGACUCGGGCAGCUCGCGUCCCUCAAGUCGGAAUGCGCGUGUGGAAGACGUACCUGACGAAGACUCAUAA